AUGGACUUGGAAGAUGAAGGCGAUCCCGGGCUGGCGGGACUCAGCCCUGAAUUUCAAGCCAUGCUUGGCGGCUUAUCCGGGCACAUGGCCUCCGUCUCAAAGAUGCUCGAUCAGCGCACCCUGCCAAAGGAGCAGGCAAAGGAUAAAGACGAUGAGGCGUACCUAGACUCGUAUGCGGAUUUGGCCAUCCAUGAGGAGAUGCUAAAAGACACUGUGCGUGUUGACGCAUACGCAGCUGCAAUCGAGCACUAUUCGAGCACGUGGCAGGAUAAGGUCGUGGUCGACGUUGGUGCUGGGACUGGGCUGCUCUCGGUCCUUUGUGCUCGAUCAGGCGCUCGAAGGGUCAUUGCCAUCGAAGCAUCCGGGCUCGCACACUUCUUGCAGCAGCUGGUGGAUGCCAACUGUUCAAAGGGAGCCGUCGAGGUUCACGAGUGCCUUGCAGAGGAUUUCAGUGAGCAAAAUGUUGAUGUGAUUGUGAGUGAGUGGAUGGGGUACUGCCUGCUCUACGAGAACAUGCUGCCGUCGGUCCUAUCUGUUCGAGAUCGAUGUCUAAGAAAAGGUGGCCAGAUGCUGCCCUCGAAGUGCCGCUUAAUGAUGGCACCGAUUCAGGACAGCUGGCGAAAGGAGAAGCUGGACUUCUGGCACUCCGUCCGUGGAAUCGACAUGUCCUCACUGGUUCCGCUGGCCACUGCCACUCUUUGCGCAGCACCUCAACAUCGCUUGUUGGAUCCCAAAGCGCUUUUGGGAGAUGCAAUCGAGAUCCUCUUCAUGGAUUUGCAUACGGUGCAGAUUGAGGAGUUGGACAGGUUUCAAGCAGACAUCGGAUUCACUCUCCCGGCAGGCAGUCGACUGGACGGUAUGGUGGCAUGGUUUGAAUGCGAGUUUGGAGACGUCGGGUGGCAGCUUUCUACCUCCCCGUUGAAACCUGCAACACACUGGAAGCAGACUGUCUUCUAUUUCCGGGAUCCAGUUGAAGGUGGCGGUGGUGCCGUCAUCUCAGGCAAGAUAAUGCUCGAGCGUCAUGCUGAGUUCUCGCGUAGCGAGUCCUGGAGCGCUCCGGGGCAGACGGAGCCAAAUGCACGCUCAGCAAACGUUCCACGGAUGCAUCUGGAUGUUUCCGGUCGAAGCAGCAAGGUCAGCUUGACAGGUACCGUGCGGUUUGUCGGAACGACGCAGUUCGCCCCUGGAGACUGGAUUGGAGUAGACCUGGACCGGCCGAUUGGAAAGAAUGAUGGAAGCUUGAAUGGCGUCCGGUACUUCAGCUGCAAGAAGAAGCGGGGGAUCUUCUGCAAGCCCACGGCUCUGAUACUGCUGGUUGAUCCCGAAGUCGGAACUCCCGAAAAAAAGUCCGAAGACUCGGCCGAGAAGUCCCAGACGACCGAGUCGCCGGACGCUAUCGAAGCCAGCAGUGGCUUAAGCGUUGCGCUCGACACGGACAGCGCUCCUGGCGAGGGUUCUCCCAAUGCAGCCGGAAGCAAGCACACGGAUCGAGCUGACGAGGUUCUAUCUGAUGUUUCAAAGCCGUUGGUUGCCGAUGAGCCCGCCACCGACUUGGAACGCCUGGGCUGCAAACAGCCCGAAGAUGCAGACUUUGUUGGUGGGGGCGAUGAAGGUGGUGGCGAGAAAGAAGGAUCCAGAGACCUCCGGUCGCCGUACAUGCGAAAGUUAGCAGGCGCAGACCCCUGGGCCAGUGAGAGCAGCUGUGGGGGAUCCAUAGUUGUGGCAGAGGAGGAGGACCCUGCUACCUCAAACGAAGCGGAGACAGCCUGGUUUGCCAAAGUCCAAGAUCUGGCCAAGCGCGGCCUAAAGCUGGGGCAUGUUUUGAGCUUCUACCAGAGCUUGGCAGAAGGCACCCUGUGCGGCGAUGAUGGGCGAAAACUGAUGUUGCACUUUAACCCCAAGAAGCAUACAACUCAUGAUGUCGUCCGUGAAGCCAUCAUCCCUGCGACUAAAGUCACGCCCUUCGGGAGCUGUGCAUACUCGACUUUGGCAGAAGCAAACAAGCCUGUGCUGGCAACGACUAUGGUCUCUCACCACUGGCGGAACUUGUUUUGCCACUUGGUUGCAGCCUUGAUUGCGUUCGCCUUGGGGGAGACGAGCUAUGCUGCUAUAGUGGAUUCAUUGGAGGACGGUGACUUUGAAGGCUUGCGUCAGCGACUCGAUCGUCGAGAUGCUCUGCACAUGACAUUCUGGUUGUGCUUGUUCUGCGUCAACCAGCACGCGAGCAUAUGUGGUGGUCUACCCUCUGCGCCGGCACCAUCUAGUCCAGAAGAGCAUGUUAAGGCACUGGAGUAUCAUCAUAGAGAGACGCAUGAUCCAGUUACCGGAGAGAAGUUCAAUGUUUGCGAUUGUGGUACCACCAAACACUGGAACAACUCGACACUCUGUGAAAUGGACAAGUUUGAUGCCAUGAUGGCAGUGUUGGACAAGGAGGUGCCUGGCGCUAUUCAACGGAAACUGAGUCAUAUCAUCGUGGUUGACCAGGCUUUCGAAGUUUUCUCCCGCAUCUGGGUCAUGGCUGAGAUCGCCAAGGGGCAAGAAUUGGAAUUGAACCAGGUCGCCAUGCUGUUCCCGCCUCCAGAGAGAAUGAAAACGGCCUCUCGCAGGAGCUUGGUGCCAUCCAGUGCAGCAGCCGAGGUUGCACGUGUUCGGGAAACGUUGGACAUCCGCAAGUGCAAAGCUAGUCGGCAAGAGGAUGUUGAUGCAAUUCUGGCCUCCAUUCCAGACGUGGACAAGUUUAACGAGCAUCUGAAGACAGUGCUGUUCAACGAAAGGUCAGGCAUUCUGGAGACAUGGAGUGCAGAAAGGUGCGCUGGAUUUUUUGAUGUUAUCGACCCGCUGAAGGAACUUGUGGAGCGAGAGCACUGGAGUGCACCACAGGUCAUUAUGCUCGGUCAGGAGAGCACUGGUAAGUCCACGCUGCUGGAAAGGCUAACAGGUCUGCCCAUUUUCCCGAGGAAUGCCGACCUUUGCACCCGUUCCCUCAUUAAGGUGUGCUUGCGGAGGGGGCCCUCUCGAAAGUUGAGAUUACUUGUGCAAGACAUCCUGUCGCUACACUUCGAGGACGAAAACGGAACGGAAGUUGACUUCGAUGAGCUGGGUGCUGCUGUGAUGAAGGAAAUGACACGGCAAGUUCGGCUUGAGGCUUUGAGGCAAGACAUGCCGAACAAGGACCCUGGCUUUUAUUCUGCCACAGUCAGCGACGCACCGCUGCAGCCGUCGGAUGGGCUUUGCACAAAAAAGGCUUUGGUCAUUGAGCUUAGCUCACCGAAGGCGCCCAAUUUGGACGUCGUGGAUUGCCCAGGUUUGGUUGCGGCUUCUGCCAGAGGUCGUCCAGCAGAUGUUGCGCAGGAAACUGCGGGGCUGGUGAGAACGUUUGCCAAGAAGCAUCGGAAUUCCGCCCUGUUCGUAGUUGCUGUCAAGGCAUCAGAGCAGCCGAACAACUCCUUGGCAAUGCGUUUGGUGCAGGAGCUUGGGCUUGAAAGUCGAGCUUUGGGUGUGUUGACCAUGACAGAUGUGCUGACUGGGGACCUGACAGAUGGAGAGACCUGCCUGCACAGCACAUUCCUGAAGCAUCAUGGCCCUCGGCUCCUGCAGCUCUUGCAGGGAGCAUCAGAUGCAGGUGGUGGGGUGCCUCUUGCACUGGGCUACACGCUUACCGCUUUGAACGAUGUUGGCGAAGAUAAGGGGUGGUUGAGCCUGUCGCGGGUGGAUGCAAUGGCACAGUGGGAAGUAAGAUACUUUAAGCAGCUUGCGAAUCAAUGGAGAGCAGCCGCUGGGGAGGAUUUCAGCAGUUUGCUGCAAAGCAGAACCACCUGCAACAGUCUUUGGCGGCACAUCAAGGAUGCCGUGGAUGACUUCGUCCGCAAGAAUUGGUUGAGUGACACCAUCAAACUGGCUCGCGAGCACGAGGCAUUAACGAAGAGUCGCGAAGAGUCCCUGGGCCAGCCGAGGGCCAUGGCUCCACACCACGUUGCCGAACUUCGCUUUCAGACGGACCUGCUUCCCGCUUCCCUUCGCGCUGUAGCCUCUUUUGAAGACGAGGGCCCCUUGAUUCCAGAGAUCUUUGCCAGGCGUUUUGAGGCGAUCCUCGGAAGUGUGUUGGCGAAGCCUUGGCAGAUCGGCGGUUUCUACCACAGUUUGGUACAGCGGCUGGAGCAAGACCUGUUGAGUGCAGUCCCGGAAGACAUCGCCCUGGGGCCGCCCGAGGCGGGUACUUUUGACUGGCCGAAGCAGCUUGAGGUCUGCUUGCGCAAGGUCGAGCAUGAGAUGCUACGUGCUGUGCUUGACGUAAAGCAACAUGUGCAAGCCAAGCUGGAUGCCGUCCUGCAGGCAGAUACCACACCGGAGCGCAUUGGACGAAUGAAGCUCGCGAUAGAGUCUCUGAAGACUUUGCUGUGGCAAGACAUGAAGAUGUACCAGUGCCGGCCCGGGGAGGUACUAUUCUCGACAUUCCCGCUGAAAGGCAUUCACGAAGCACUAGGCAUUGUCGGUCAGCUGGAGACAUGCCCGUUCGCUCGUGUAGAGCGCCUGACAUCUGCCUUUAGCUUCUCGCUGAAGCUGGAUUCGAAGCAGAUUGUAUCGCGCUGCAGUCUUCACUUUCAUCGUUUCCUGGCAACUUUCUUCACGGAACUGCCAGCGCAUGUGGUGAACGUGUGUAAGAAGCUGCCAGAUGACCAGUGGGUUGAGGACUGCACAGAAGAGCGCUUGAAACUCUUGCGCCAUUUGCAGAACCUGCGAUUGGCCCAAGCUCGCCUGAAGGAUGCAUUUGGAGAGGAGCACUUUGAAGAAGCAGUGGAGGAAGUGACACGUCAAGAUGACAGCUUGGCAGUGCCACGCAAGCAGACCGACGAAGACGCUUGUGUUGCCACGGCCGUGUCCCGGACCGCGGAGGAAGUGGCUGCUGCAGUUGCAACAUGGAAAGAGACUCUGCAUGAGCGUGCAUGGGGCUUCUUCUCCUCCGAGGAUGAGCUCAACUCAGUCUUGCAGCAGGUAGCCGCGAACACAGAUGCAGGUACCGAUUUUCGGGAAGGAGAGGCGGAUGUUCUUUGGCGUGGUGAGUGCACUGGAUCGGAGCCUGUUCUGUGGAUACAGCGCGACGAUGCACCUGCAACACAGACCUACGUAAACCGCGUACUGGCUGCUCUUUUCGUGGAUGAUGAAUCUUUCGCCCAACUGUCGACACUGCCAAAAGAACCCUUCCGAAUGACAUGUGGCGAUCAAGGAUGCAUUAAUCUGAGGCAUCUCUAUGUGCCAUAG